AUGCCCGCGCUCCUCAAGCGGCUCGCGGGCCCGCGGACGUGCCCGAUCGUCGUCGCGCAGUACAAGGACGAGUACCGCGGCGUCGGGCACGAGGCGGACCUCCACUGGGCGCUCGUCGUCAUCACCGACCGCGCGACGCUCUCGGGGCCGUCCUUCCAGGCGCAGGGGGCCGAGCGCGAGAGCGAGUACGAGGUGCAGUGGUACGCGCGGCACGCGCCGGCGUCGCUGUACGACGUGUGCGCGACGGUGCGCACGCUGUGCCUGGGCGGCGUGCAGGUCGGCGCGGUGCGUGCGGCGGACGUGGGCAAGCUCGCGGAGUACCUGCAGAGCCACCCGCCGGCGCCGACGCACGCGGGGUGGUCGUCGCGCGACUACGUGCUCGAGCUCCUCGAGCUGCUC